UCAGGAUAGAUAAUUAUAACUUAUAUAAGAGCCUGCAGACAGAAACAACGGAGUUCCAUGGAUUGUGAUUAUGUGAAGAAAAAUGGCAGCAAGUCAAAACCUUUCAAAGUUGUUCUUCUGCUAUGUUGUUCUACUCACAGUACUUAUCUGCAUCGAGCCAAUCAAAUGCCAGGAACAGGGGGGCACUCUUGCAGACGAUGAAGUGGAAGCACUUCGUGAAAUAGCUGUGCAGUUGAAUAAAAAGGAUUGGAAUUUCAGUGAUCCUUGUAGCAAUAUUCCGACUAUUUCAAUCCCGCAUUCGGAUGAGUACAACAACACUGUCGUAUGCAACUGCUCUUUCUCUGGCAAUGUAUGCCACAUCCAAAGCAUUAUUCUUACCGGACAGGACCUUGAUGGUGUGCUUCCGCCAGCGCUGUCGAAGCUACCUUACCUUAAGCAAGUUAAUUUGGCCAGGAAUUACCUUAGUGGUUCAAUACCGCGCAAAUGGAAUUCUACGAAGUUGGAACUUCUGGUUCUCAGUGUGAACAACAUAUCAGGACCCAUUCCUGGUUAUUUGGGAAGCAUAACUACUCUCCAAUCUCUGGCCUUGGAGAGCAACUUAUUUUCUGGAGCUCUUCCCCAGGAAUUGGGCAAUUUGGUUAACCUGGAGCGUCUCUAUCUUCGUGCUAACAAUCUCACUGGUGAGCUGCCUUCUGCCCUCACUAAAAUGACCAAAUUAAGAGUACUUCAGAUUGGCAGUAAUAACUUCGCUGGAAGAAUACCUGACUACUUUCGAAGUUGGAAAAACCUCCAGGCCUUAGAGAUGCAAGCGAGUGGUCUUGAAGGCCCCCUUCCAUCUAGUCUCUCUGCCUUGAGUAAUAUGACAGAUCUAAGGAUUAGUGACUUAAGUGGUGAGAGUUCAUCUUUUCCAAACUUAUCAAGCAUGACGGGCAUGAAUAAAUUGAUGUUAAGGAGCUGCAAUAUAACCGGAGAAAUGCCUGAAUAUAUCUCUACCAUGACAAGUCUGACUGUUUUAGAUCUUAGCUUCAACAGAUUGGAAGGGAGUAUUCCAAAUUUUGCAGAUAUUAUGGAAUUGGCCACAAUAUAUCUGACAAGCAACUUGCUAACUGGUCUUCCAGAGUGGAUUAAAAAUAGAGACAGUCGCUACAAUAUAGAUCUUUCUUACAAUACUUUUCCUCAGAACUCUGUCCCAAAUUCUUGUCGAGAGACCUUCAAUUUGUUCAGAAGUUUUUCCAGUCAGAACAAUUCGCUACUUAGCAAUUGCCUCUUUCCAUGUUCAAAAGAUCGGUACUCAUUACAUCUAAAUUGCGGUGGAAAUCAAACCACAGUCGGAAACAUCAAGUACGAGGCAGAUGACGCCUCAGGAGGUGCAGCAAAGUUUUUUCAGAACUCAGCAAAUUGGGGAUUUAGCAGUACUGGUGAUUUUGCGGAUGUUUGGAGCUCCAACAAAGACUAUAUAGCAAACAAUAUUUCGAUACUCAGAAUGAACAACUCUGAAUUGUAUAAAACUGCACGACUGUCUCCUCUUUCUCUCACAUAUUAUGCUCGUUGCUUAGCAAAUGGAAAUUACACUGUGAAACUGCACUUUGCGGAAAUAGUUAUCAGAGACAACAGGUCUUAUUAUGGUGUUGGAAGACGAAUUUUUAACGUUUAUAUCCAGGAUAAACUGGUUUUGGAGGAUUUUGAUAUUGAAAAGGAAGCACAAGGGGUUGAUAAGGAAGUGAUUAAGGUAUUUAAAGCAGUUGUUAGCGUUAAGACUUUAGAAAUCCGCUUUCAGUGGGCUGGGAAAGGGACAACAAAUGUUCCAAAAUCAGGAACAUAUGGUUCUCUGAUAUCAGCUAUCUCAGUGCAGUCUGAUUUCAAGCCGCCUGAUGAUAGCAAAAGGAAGAAAUUCAUUGUGAUUGGAGUUGUUUCAGCGUUAUUCCUUAUUUUCGUAAUUUUGAGCAUUCUUUGGUUGAAAGGCUGUUUCGGAGGCAGGACAACCAGGGAACAAGAUCUCAUGGGAUUCGAUCUUCAAACUGGUUUCUUUAAAUUCAAGCAACUUAAAGCUGCAACUAACAACUUCGAUGCUGCAAACAAGCUUGGGGAAGGUGGCUUUGGAGCUGUUUACAAGGGCGAAUUAUUAGAUGGCACAUUUAUUGCAGUUAAGCAACUUUCUUCAAAAUCAAAGCAAGGAAAUCGUGAAUUUGUGAAUGAAAUAGGCAUGAUUUCUGCCUUACAACACCCAAAUCUUGUGAAAUUGUAUGGAUGCUGCGUCGAAGGAAAUCAGUUAUUUUUGGUAUACGAAUAUAUGGAGAACAAUAGCCUUGCCCAUGUUUUGUUUGGACCAGAGGAAGGCCUAAAGAAACUGAACUGGAAUACAAGGCAUAAAAUAUGUCUUGGCAUUGCAAGAGGUCUGGCUUUCCUGCAUGAGGAGUCGACACUGAAAAUUGUUCAUAGAGACAUCAAAACAAGCAAUGUACUGCUUGACCGAGACCUUAACCCUAAGAUAUCCGACUUUGGUUUGGCUAAGCUGGAUGAAGAGGAGAAGACCCAUAUUAGCACCAGAGUCGCUGGAACUAUAGGAUACAUGGCACCAGAAUAUGCGUUAUGGGGUUAUUUGAGUGACAAAGCAGAUGUUUACAGUUUUGGGGUCGUUGCAUUGGAACUCAUCUCUGGAAAAAACAACGUCAAAUAUCGUCCAAAUGAGAAUUUUGUAUGCCUUCUUGAUUGGGCCCUUGUUUUGCAUCAAGAUGGAAAUCUGAUGGAGCUGGUGGAUCGAAAGUUGGGGUCUGAGUUCAAUAAGGAAGAGGCAUUGAGAAUGAUAAAGGUAGCUGUACUAUGUGUCAAUUCAUCACCGGCACUAAGACCUACAAUGUCUGCAGUAGUGAGCAUGCUUGAAGGCCAAACUUCUGUUCACGAGGUGAAGAUAAACCCGAGUAUUUAUGGUGACGAGUUGAGGUUUAGGGCCUUCACCGAGGACUCUGAUACUACUUCUGUGCAGAGCACGCAAAGCUUACUGUACGCACCCAAUGCAAAACGGACCGCCUAUACCUCAUUGUCUGUCUAGGAUAUCCAUGCAGUUGAUCGUGAUUCUCGUGGUAAAUGAAGAACAGUGUGGCCGGGUGGUCCGUUGUUGAAGGCAGGUGCUCAUACCAAAAUGAAAGCACAAAUUCACUAGAGACAAUACGGCCAUAUUCUGACAGUUUAUUCUUAUUUCUGAUCGUAGCUUCUGCGUAUAACGUGUAUAACAUAAUGGUGGUAGUAGUUCGCAUGCAUGAAGGUGCCCGAACAUCAUUUUUUAUUUUAUUUAUUUAUUUAAGUAAACCGAUAGAGAAGAAGAGGGAUAUUAGACUUAUAUGCGGCAGCAUUUGUUAUAGUAGUAGGAAGAGAUAAAAAAAGGCUGGAUGGGGAACCAUUAUAUCACAAAAAUAUAUUAUUAAAACAAUUAAUCAUCGUA